GCAGAUGUUUUAAGAAUAAUUAUAAAUUGCUCAGUCUCCAUGUGAAGCAGCAGCAGAACAGAGCUGAAACGUGCAGGGAAGGCGGCAGCACAGGCAGUCCUGAGGACACCAGCAACUGCCUUUCAGCUCUCACAUUUAUAAAUAUUUUACUUCCAGCCAACUGUGCCCAGAAUAACAAUUUUCUGCCUGAAAUCUCCAAGCUGGUGCCGGGAGGCUGUCAGGGACUCGCUUUCCCGGGACCCUCUCGACCUGUUGGGAAGGGGUCCGGGUCUCCAGAGGAGCGGCUUCAGAAGGAUCUGCCCCUAGUGGGAAGAGGCACCGAGAAACAAACACUGAGCAUCCGUUCAGCUGAUCGCAUUAGGGCUUCACGCUGCUGCCGCCACUCAGCCCUCUGCCGAUGCAGCCAUCCGUGCGCUUGGACAAACAUCCAGGCAGAGGGAAUGGCUAGGUCUGGAAACGUCUGCAGCUGCAGGAGGCUGCAGAGCUCUGCCGUGGAGCAGCCGUAGAGAGAGGCUGUUUCCCCGAGCAGGGGAGCGUUAUGAAACACGAGUGCACCGGCUGUGCCUGAGGAUUUUGGCAGCGCGGCGCGGAGGCUGCUUCCAUCCAGCCUGUUGGCGCAGGAGGCCAUGGAGCGGUUCCCUGCCGCCGGCCCCCGCAGGGCGCAGGACCCCGGAGCCCCGGCCCGGUGAGACACGGGGACCCCGGCGAGCCGCAGGGACCGCGGGGACGGCAGCGGUUUCAGCAUCGGCUGUUCGGCAGGACAUGAUGAAGGCAUCACCCUGGGAACGUGCAGAGACCCUGGGCCAGCCUGGUGCCUGAGGCUGGUGGCAGUGCUGCACCAAGCUGGUCUCUGCUGCAGCUGGCUGGGAAGAAGCUUUUCAUCGGAGGAAGGCACCAAAGUGAUGGGCUGAACUUACGGGAGGAAUGAGCAUCUGGUCAGGUGGAGAUUCAGGGACCCGUCGGGAGGCGUGAAGGGCCCAGUUUCAGUAAGGGCAUGGCCAAAGCUUUCUUCAGGCUACAGAAGUUUCUCCGUCGGACCCAGUUUCUGCUCUUCUUCCUCACAGCAGCUUACCUGAUGGCUGGCAGCCUCCUGCUGCUGCAGCGGACCCGCCUGGUUAUCCAGCAAGGUUCACACGGGACCUCCGCUAACCAGGCCCUGGCAGUGCCAGAUGAGACAGCCGGGGUGGGGAUGGCAGAGCCCAGGGCUCUGCAGAACCCCCGCCCUGCUCCCAGGCUGCUGGUGGGCAUGGAUGCGCUGCAGGAGCCGGCCCUGGACCAGCGGCACAGCCCACGCUGGCUCGUGUCCCGCAAUUCGGAGCUCAGGCAGCUGAGAAGGAGGUGGUUUCACAGGUUCAUCAGCAACCAGGAGCCCAUGGAGACAGCAGGAUUUAAAGUGAUCAAACACACUGCUGAACACAAAGGCACCUACAUAGGAUGCUUCACCGACGAUUCGAGGGAGAGGACACUGAAGGGAGCUGUCUUUUAUGACUUAAGAAAAAUGACAGUAGCUCACUGUCAAGAAGCUUGUGCUGAGAGGGCUUACACCUACGCGGGGCUGGUGUACGGAGCAGAGUGUUACUGCGGGAACACCCUCCCGGCCACCGCCUCCAGGCCCGAGGAGUGCAACAGCGAGUGCAAGGGGGAGAAGGGCUCUGUGUGCGGAGGGGUGAACCGGCUCUCGGUCUACAGGGUGGAGGAGCUGCGGGCAGGAGCCAGGAGACGGAGGAAUGUUAUCUAUCGAGGAUGUUUUAGAGCUCCAGAAAAUUUAACAGACACCUUUCCAGCCUCUUUGAUACAGCCCAAUUUGACGGUGGAGAUGUGCUCUGAAUUUUGCUCCAAGAAAGAGUUUCCCUUGGCAGUGAUCCAAGGGCAGGAGUGUUACUGUGGAUACCCCACCGGGCGGUUCUCCCUGCGCGAGGGCGCGGACGGGCUGCGCUGCCGCGGGACACGCAACACCAGCAGCGCUGCCCAGGGAAAGUACUGCCUGGUCUAUCAGACACCCGUGCAAGACACUCGCUGCACAGACAGGAAAUUCUUAACCACCAAAUCCAAAGUGUUUGUUGCUUUGUCGAGUUUUCCUGGGGCUGGGAACACGUGGGCUCGCCACCUGAUCGAGCAUGCCACGGGAUACUACACGGGAAGUUACUACUUCGAUGGAGCCCUCUACAACAAAGGUUUUAAAGGAGAAAAAGACCACUGGAGAAGUAGAAGGACCAUCUGUGUGAAAACACACGAAAGUGGCAAGACAGAGAUUGAAAUGUUCGACUCGGCGAUCCUGUUGAUAAGGAACCCCUACAAAUCACUGAUGGCAGAGUUCAACAGAAAAUACGCCGGGCACCUGGGCUAUGCCACCGACCGCAACUGGAAGAGCAAAGAGUGGCCAGAUUUCGUGAACAGCUAUGCUUCCUGGUGGGCCUCCCACGUCCUGGACUGGCUGAAGUACGGGAAGCGCCUGCUCAUUGUCCACUACGAAGACCUAAAGCAGAGCCUCAUCCCCAAGCUCAGGGAGAUGGUGGAGUUUCUGAACGUGACAGUGACAGAGGACCGGCUGCUCUGUGUGGAGAACAACAGGGAUGGGAAUUUCAAGCGGUCAGGUGCUAAGCAAAAGGAUUUUGAGCCAUUCACCCAGGAAAUGAAAGAUCUUAUCAACAGAUACAUCCUGACGGUGGAUGAAGCCCUGAGGGGAAGAAACUUCACAGGGCUGCCCAGGGAGUACGUGCCAAGAUGAUAGCCUGGUAUCACACUGCUGUGGUUAAAAAUAAAGUAUUUUUUUCUUAAAAAAAAAAAAAAACCACAAAACCACAAACAAAACAAAAAGAAAAACAACAAUGAAAAAAUCCCAGUACUCUC